GUAGCAAGCGGCCACGAGACUGGCCACGCGCUCCUCACCUCGCCUUCCCCAAACCUCUCCAAAACCUCGCGGCUGCGGCUUCCAGCGCCAUGUGCGCCUCCUCCUCCUCCUCCGCCUUCUAGAUGCCGCGCCCGCCCACUAAGCCCGCGCUCAACUCACCCUUCCUCCCACUCGCCGCCUCCCUUCCCUCGCCGCGCGCCCUCCCGCCCACCCGCCUGUCCCCCGAGAAGCGCCCACGACGCCUCAGCUCGGCCGCCGUAUCGGCGGCGGCGUCCACGUCCUUCUCCGCGGACCCGAGCGCGGAGCUGCGAGCGCUCUGCUCCCAUGGCCAGCUCGCGCAGGCGCUCUGGCUCCUCGAGUCCUCCGCGGAGCAGCCCGACGAGGACGCCUACGUCGCGCUGUUCCGCCUCUGCGAGUGGCGCCGCGCGGUGGAACCCGGGCUGCGCGCGUGCGCGCACGCGGACGACCGGCACGCGUGGUUCGGGCUCCGCCUCGGGAACGCCAUGCUCAGCAUGCUCGUCAGGUUCGGGGAGACGUGGCAGGCGUGGAGGGUGUUCGCCAAAAUGCCCGAGAGGGACGUCUUCUCCUGGAACAUCAUGGUGGGCGGGUACGGGAAGGCCGGAUUGCUGGAGGAGGCGCUGGACCUGUACCACAGGAUGAUGUGGGCAGGUGUGAGGCCGGAUGUCUACACGUUCCCUUGCGUGCUGCGGAGUUGUGGCGGCAUCCCGGACUGGAGGAUGGGGAGGGAGGUGCAUGCACAUGUCCUCCGGUUUGGGUUUGGGGGCGAGGUUGACGUCCUCAACGCACUCAUGACCAUGUAUGCUAAAUGUGGGGAUGCUGUGGCUGCACGUAAGGUGUUUGACAGUAUGACCAUGAUGGACUGUAUCUCAUGGAAUGCGAUGAUUGCUGGGCAUUUUGAGAAUGGUGAGUGCAAUACAGGGUUGGAGUUGUUUCUUACUAUGCUGGAGAAUGAGGUGCAGCCUAACCUUAUGACGAUAACUAGUGUGACUGUUGCAUCAGGUUUGUUGUCAGAUAUAAGUUUUGCCAAGGAAAUGCAUGGGCUUGCAGUGAAGAGGGGUUUUGCCACUGAUGUUGCAUUUUGCAACUCUUUGAUUCAGAUGUAUGCGAGUCUUGGGAUGAUGGGGCAAGCAAGAACAGUGUUCUCGAGAAUGGAUACUAGAGAUGCCAUGUCAUGGACAGCUAUGAUAUCUGGGUAUGAGAAAAAUGGCUUCCCGGAUAAAGCUCUUGAAGUGUAUGCACUGAUGGAAGUGAACAAUGUAAGUCCUGAUGAUAUUACUAUUGCAAGUGCCCUUGCUGCUUGUGCUUGCUUGGGACGUUUGGAUAUUGGCGUCAAGUUGCAUGAGCUUGCUGAGAGCAAGGGAUUCAUGAGCUACAUCGUAGUUGCAAAUGCCCUCCUUGAAAUGUAUGCAAAGUCCAAGCACAUUGAUAAGGCUAUUGAAGUUUUUAAGUGCAUGCCUGAGAAGGAUGUAGUAUCAUGGAGUUCAAUGAUCGCAGGAUUUUGUUUCAACCAUAGGAACUUUGAGGCUCUUUAUUAUUUCAGGCAUAUGCUGGCAGAUGUAAAGCCCAAUUCUGUCACUUUUAUAGCUGCUCUUGCUGGUUGUGCUGCUACUGGGGCUUUGAGGAGUGGUAAGGAGAUCCAUGCACAUGUUUUAAGGCAUGGUAUUGGAUCUGAAGGUUAUUUACCCAAUGCCCUUAUCGACUUGUAUGUAAAAUGUGGCCAGACAGGUUAUGCUUGGGCACAGUUCUGUGCGCACGGUGCAAAGGAUGUUGUGUCUUGGAAUACAAUGCUUGCUGGUUUUGUAGCUCAUGGGCAUGGGGAUACUGCUCUAUCGUUCUUCAAUAAAAUGGUGAAAACUGGAGAGUGUCCGGAUGAAGUUACGUUUGUCGCUCUGUUAUGUGCUUGUAGUAGGGGUGGAAUGGUCAAUGAAGGUUGGGAACUUUUUCACAGCAUGACUGAGAAAUACUCUAUUGUUCCAAAUCUCAAGCACUAUGCAUGCAUGGUGGAUCUGCUAUGUCGUGUUGGGCAACUGGCAGAAGCUCACAACUUUAUAAAUGAAAUGCCUAUCGCACCAGAUGCUGCUGUUUGGGGAGCCUUGCUAAAUGGAUGCCGGAUACACCGGCAUGUUGAACUUGGCGAGCUUGCGUCAAAAUAUGUUCUUGAAUUGGAGCCUAAUGAUGCUGGAUAUCAUGUUCUUUUGUGUGAUCUAUAUGCUGAUGCUGGUAGAUGGGAUAAAUUGGCCAGGGUGAGGAAAACCAUGCGGGAUAAAGGAUUGGAUCAUGAUUCUGGAUGUAGCUGGGUUGAGGUUAAAGGAGUGGUCCAUGCAUUUCUAACGGAUGAUGAAUCACAUCCACAGAUCAGAGAAAUAAAUACUGUUCUUGAAGGAAUAUAUGAGCGGAUGAAAGCAUCUGGUUGUGCUCCUGUUGAAUCUCAUUCUCCAGAAGAUAAAGAAGUAUCCAAGGAUGACAUCUUUUGUGGUCACAGCGAAAGACUUGCUGUUGUUUUUGGUUUGAUCAAUACCGCACCUGGCACCCUGGUUUCUAUCACCAAAAACCAGUACACAUGCCAGAGUUGUCACAGGAUAUUGAAGAUGAUUUCUAACAUCGUACGAAGAGAUAUAAUUGUUAGGGACAGUAAUCAACUCCACCAUUUCAAGGAUGGAAGUUGUACAUGUGGAGAUGAAGGUUAUGCGUGAAGAACUUGCAGAGGGGAGGCUAGCUAGCUAUGUUGCAUAUACCCUUGUGCUAUUAUUUAUAUGGUACACGUGUCAGUCACUAGCAAGUAGCAGGGCAAGAUGGAUACAGCUACAUGGGCAGCAGCAGCACUGCUUGGAUCAACAGAACUCAUAUUUUGAGUUAUAUAUAGCAGUUUUGUGCAUAUAGUUAACUUGUUGCAGUGCAAGUGCAGAAAUUAUACUCAUGUAAUGCAACUUCAGAUUCUCACGAAUCAUGCCCAUUGAAGUCUCCUGAAGCAGUGACUCUUGGAGCUUAUCUUUGCUUCCAACAACUUGCCAAAAAGAAAUAUCAACCUAGUUUCCUCCAAGUUUGGUAACUGAGCUGAAAAUAUGGAUUGCAACUUUAUGUUCCAAAUUACUAGAGAAAGUCUGCCGGUAUACCAAACCCUGCAUGAAGAUCAAGCAAUGGACAUCAGGAUCCCUCCAGGCUCCAGCAUAAACAGAACAGUUUACAUCUUGAGACAGGUCAUCAGCACAUCAGGUUGGAAUGGAACUGGCCGGGUGAUUUUGGACAGGGCUGAUUUGUCCGAGGUGAAUAGUUGAUGGAUAAAUCCGGCGAGUGAUGACGCAGUUGACCAAGUCCGCGUCGAGCAGCCGAGCACUGCACACUGUGCAACCGACGUAGCAGAGCUGGACUGCUGCAUGGUUCCAUACUUCCAUGCAGGUUGGCAGCGCUUGCAGAAAAACGGGUUCGGAGUUGAAGCCAAAAGUAUUGGCUGGUGGCUAAUUUGCUGUGAGAGAAAAAUACUGCUUGUUGGUUAGUGGCUGGUAGCUGAUGCUGAUUAAGCACCGCUGCUAGUUACCAGCAAAACAUAGUGGAAGAGUCCUCUUCAAGCUCGCCGUCCCUGGAUAGAUUGCCAAUUCGCCACUAUUGUGUGCAGUUUCUGCCUUCUGCAACGGACCGCGACUGUUUUGGUACUACCCGUCGAUUUCUGUGCCCCGUUGGCCGUUAACUCCUUGGACAGCGUUGUACCUCAACCACAACUCUGCCCAAAAGCCCCUUGCCAUCAUGCCAUGCCUUCCAUACUGCGCGACACAAGUUAAACUGUCGAGAGAGGUAUGGCUAGUUCAAAUGCAUUUUCUCGUGUCACUUUCUAUAAAACUGGCUCUUUUUUUCGCGUC